CGGCCACGAAAUCGUCGAUGGGCAGCUACCUCCAGGAGACGCUACGCUGCAAGGGCACCAAGAUCUGCAGCCCGUUCACCCGCGAGAUCAACGGAAAGGAGGUCAUCGGAUACGUCUCAUCCGGGACAGGCGAAGUCUUUGCCUACUCGGAGGGGAAGCACUCGGCCCUCGCGUACACAGGCGGCGAGCCGUACGGCGCGGUCUUUGACGCGCACGGCAAGGUGCACAUCGCCGACUGCGCGCACGCUGCGAUCCUGCGCGUCGACCUCGCCAACCACAGCCACCAGCCCGGCAUCGUCGUCAAGGUCUACGAGGAGAAGCCCUUCCGCGGCCCCAGCAGCAUCGCGAUUUCGCCGGCCAACACGACGACGUACUUUACCGACAGCGGGCCGCUCGGCGAGACGACGCUCGAGAACCCACGCGGCAGCGUCUUUUGCAUCGCCGCGAACCCGAGCGGCGGCCAAAUUCUCAAGCCAUUGGCGCUCGACUGCCUCGCCCACCCGUGCGCCGUCGCCGUCUCGCCCGAUUCGAAGCUCGUCUACGUGGCCGAGAUGAUGGCCAACCGCGUCUUGCGCUUCGUCCAGCGCCCGCCCGGCAUCUACCACAUGUCGGUGUUUUACCAGUUUGCCGGCGGCCUCGGCCCGUCUUGCAUCGCGUGCGACACCGCCGGCCGCGUCUACGUCGGGUCCUACGACAUGGCGGGCGCGGACGCUGCAAAUGGGCGCAUCUACGUGCUCUCGGCGCAAGGCACGCUGGAGCACGUGCUCGAAGUGCCAGGCCAAGAGAUCACGGGGCUCUGUGUCGAGGGCACCCACAAGAUGUAUGUGACGGAAGCCACGACCAAUGCACUGCACUGCAUUUCACUGGACGCGAUUCUCAAGAGCUAA